GCAGUGUCACAGCUUGUGUUCUGGACUCCUGCAGAUUGGCUGAGUGGAGGGCUGGGGUGGGCAUCCUUACAAACCAAGAGACAGAAGUGGGAAGAGUCUGGAGUGGGGGAGCUCAGAGGAGAGCUGGAGUCCUGAUGUGGAUGGAAAGGUUGGUGGGUGAGUGGGUCUACUUGAGGAUAAAACACUCCCCCACUCAAAUACAUAAGGGGAUGGACUUGGACAGGCAUGUGAGGCCAGAAAUGGAGAGGUGAGGGCGGAGCUAGAAGACAGAGUGAUGAGCAUGUUGGUGUGCACCAAAUGGUGGGCACCAUGAAUCACCAUCUGGCCGUUCCCUUUAUUGUUGUUUUCUGUGGCUUUGGUGGAUGAGCUUUUCCCAACUCAGUAAUGUGAGGGUAUAGACCCCAAGCAAAGUCACAUGUCUGUCCCUCCAUCCAAAACCUAGGAAAUGAGAGAGAGUGAAAGAGUUGAUUUCUAGUCUUUGUGCAACUUGAAGUCUAAUUCAGAAGCCUGAGUUGUUGAACGUGACAAUGAGUCUUCAUCUGAUAAAGGCUGGGAGAGUGUCUUUGCCUUUUAACUACUGUUUACUGUCUUUGAUCAUUUCUGUUCCAAUCUGGCUGAGGUAACUAGUUAAGUGGUGGAACCAAUAGUCUCACACUGAUUCAGGCUGUGAAAAACACAGCUUAGGAGCCUGAGCUCAGAAACUAAGGAGUCUGGUCUCCAUCCUGGCUUUGUGCCUUGCUGGCUUCACCUCUCUGACUUGGUCUACACUUGCAUCAUGGGGUGGGUGAAGUGCUCAUCCACCUCGGAGGGCCUUGUGCAGGUGAGGGAGGAGGAACUAUCAGCCAUGCCUAGCUCCUGAGACACUCUGUUAGUAUGACAUACUCUAAUUAUCACAACCACACAUUUUACAGGACACAUUAGAAAGAUGUGUGUUCAUUGUUCCCCUGUGCACCCAAGUUCUGCUUCACUGCAGUUUCUCUCUGCAGAGGGCUGUUGGAGGGCAUCUGGGACUAUCCCCUCCCACUCAUCUCUCCAGGAUCACCACAAUUACUCAUGUCCUGUGAGUAAUUUGUUCCCCAAUCUCCUUUCCUGGGGUCAACAGGGAAACAAGGAAUUGAAGUCUUUCAGUUGGAAGGAACUUAAUAAACAUUUUUUUUCCACUCUGUCAUUUAAUAGACGAGGAAACUGAAGUUGAGGGAUAGUGACACAUUUGUGCAAGAUUGUUGUCCAGUCAGAGUGUCCUGGGACCCGUGGAGGUGACACCAUGUGGUGUCCUGGGAACCCACUACCCUGCUGGUGUGACUGUCUCUGGGUUAAUUAUCUUUUCUCCCCACAGGGAUGCCUUCCUUCUUGGCUCAGGACACUCCUGAGUUGAGCCAAGAGAACAACUGUCUGGUAGACAUUGGACUCACUUUUCAGAACUGCAGAUGAAAUUCGUUACAGUUCAAUGAUGUAUUUCCUUUCAGUCUUCUGACUUUUUGAUCAGGUAGUGCUCUCUGAGGAUAGACUUUGAGAGAGGCUUUCUGUUGGGGUGGCCGGUGAUGUGGGCUAUGAAAGAAUGCACAAAGAGAAGAAAGUGCAGAGGACAAAGUUUUAUUGACUUUCCCAGAGGGGAAAGGGGCUUGGCAUGGAGAGAUACACCAGCAGCAAAAAGUUAGUGCUGUGGGCUUUUACUGGGUGAUAUGGGGGAGGGGGCUGAAGCUGUGUAGUCAUGGCAGUUAGUUAUAAAUCAGGAGGUUUCAGGCUGAUUGUGCAGGCUUCAGUUUGUUUUGCUGUUAUUUUUGGGUUCAGGGUCUGGAUGCUCUGGUCUGGUAUGUCCUGUUUGUGUAAGUUUUAAAGCACCUGAAUGGGGGAUGCUUUUAGUAAUCUCUCCAGUCCUGAGAAUAGGGGCUUAGAGAAACAACUCUUAAUUAUGCUUGAUGGGCUCAAGGAAGAAAUAGCUAGCUCUGGUAAAGGGGGCCUGAAAGGGGCCUUUUUGUCCUUUUACUCUCCUUACCCAUAUGCUGUUUCCACCCCCACUUCCCAGCUGGACCUAUGCCCUAGGCCCUGACCAGGGAUGCAGAUAGGCAUGGCCAGUGUCCGCUGCAAGCUGGCCCAGUACCUGGAGGACCUGGAGGACAUGGACUUGAAGAAGUUCAAGAUGCACUUAGAAGACUAUCCCCCUCAGAAGGGCUGCACUGCACUCCCCCGGGGCCAGACAGAGAAAGCAGAUCCUGUGGAUCUAGCCACCCUCAUGAUUGACUUCAAUGGGGAGCAGAAGGCAUGGGGUAUGGCAGUCUGGAUUUUUGCUGCAAUCAACAGGAGAGACCUUUACGAGAAAGCUAAGAGGGAUGAGCCAGAGUGGGAAGGUGCACAUGUGUCUGUGGUGUGCCGGGAAGACAGCCUUGAAGAGGAAUGGAUGGGCUUAUUGGGGUACCUUUCCAGAAUCUCUAUUUGCAAAAAAAAGAAAGAUUACUGUAAGAAAUACAGAAAUCAUGUGAGAAGCAGAUUCCAGUGCAUCAAAGACAGGAAUGCCCGUCUGGGAGAGAGUGUGAACCUCUAUAAGCGCUACACCAGGCUGCGGCUCGUCAAAGAGUACCCGAGCCAGCAGGAACGGGAGCAGGAAUUCAUGGCCAUCGGCAGGACUGUGGCCCAGAUGCAGGAUAGCCCUCUGAGUUCCAUGAACUUGGAGCUGUUGUUUGAGCCCGAGGACCCGCACUCAGAGCCCGUGCACACGGUGGUGUUCCAGGGCUCAGCGGGCAUCGGGAAGACAAUCCUGGCCAGGAAGAUCAUGCUAGACUGGGCAUCAGAGAAACUUUACCAAGACAGGUUUGACUACCUGUUCUACAUCCACUGCCGGGAGGUGAGCCUGGGGACAUGCAGGAGCCUGGGGGACCUGAUGGCUAGCUGCUGCCCUGACCCCAACCCUCCCCUAUGCAAGAUCAUGAGGAAGCCAGCCAGGAUCCUCUUCCUCAUGGAUGGCUUUGACGAGCUGCAGGGGGCCUUCGACGAGCAUGCAGAGGUACUCUGUGUAGACUGGCAGGAGGUGCAGCGUGUGGACAUUGUCCUAAGCAGCCUCAUCAGAAAGAAGCUGCUCCCUGAGGUCUCACUGCUCAUCACCACGAGGCCUGUGGCCCUAGAGAAGCUGCACCAUCUGCUGGACCGUCCACGGCACGUGGAGAUCCUGGGUUUCUCAGAGGCCAAGAAGAAGGAAUAUUUCUUCAAAUACUUCUCUGAUGAGCAGCAGGCCUGGGAAGCCUUUAGGCUGAUCCAGGAGAAUGAUGUCCUCUUCACCAUGUGCUUCAUCCCCCUGGUCUGCUGGAUUGUGUGCACCGGGCUGAAACAGCAGAUGGACAGUGGCAAGAGUCUCACCCAGACCUCCAAGACCACCACAGCAGUGUAUAUCUUCUUCCUCUCCAGCCUGUUGCAUUCUCGAGCAGGGAGCCAGAGGCAGCACAUCUCCACCAACCUUCGGGGCCUCUGCUCGUUGGCUGCGGAUGGAAUCUGGAAUCAGAAGAUCCUGUUUGAGGAGAGUGACCUCAGGAACCACGGCCUGCAGAAGGCUGAUGUGUCUGGGUUCCUGAGGGUGAACCUAUUCCAGAAGGAGGUGGACUGUGAGAAGUUCUACAGCUUCAUACACAUGACUUUCCAGGAGUUCUUUGCUGCCAUGUACUACUUGCUGGAAGAGGAGGAGCAGCAGGGGACCAAGAACACACUGCAGAGUCCUUGUGAGCUCCCCAGCCGAGAUGUGAGAGUCCUUCUUGAAAACUACGGCAAGUUUGAAAAGGGGUAUUUGAUUUUUGUUGUCCGUUUCCUCUUUGGCCUCAUAAACCAGGAGAGAACCUCCUACUUGGAGAAGAAGCUGAGUUGUAAGAUCUCCCAGCACAUCAGGCUGGAGCUGCUGAGGUGGAUCGAGGCCCAAGCCAAGGCCCCAACCCUGCGGAUGCAGCCCAGCCAGCUGGAGCUGUUCUACUGCUUGUACGAGAUGCAGGAGGCAGACUUUGUGCGUAGGGCCAUGUGCCACUUCCCCAGAAUGGAGAUCAGUCUCUCCACCAGAAUGGACCACGUGGUUUCUUCUUUCUGCAUCAAGAACUGUCCCAGUUUGCAAUUUCUUUCCCUGAGGUGGCUCCAUAAUUCACCUAAAGAGGAGGAGGAAGAGGAGGAGGAGGAGGCAUCUCGACACUCCAACGUGGACCAGUGUGUCAUCCCAGGCCCUCAUUCAGCCUCCUCUCAUCGGGUGGCGAACUGCUGUCUCACUUCCAAUUUUUGCCAGGGCCUCUUCUCUGUCCUGAGCACGAAGCAGAACCUCACGGACCUGAACCUCAGUGACAAUCCUCUGGGGGACACAGGGGUGAAGAUACUGUGUGAAAUGCUCCAGAAUCCUGGCUGUAACAUUCAGAGAUUGUGGUUGAGGCGGUGCCGCCUUUCCCACCGCUGCUGCUCCCACCUCGCCACCACGCUGAGUGGCUCCACGAAGCUGUUGGAGCUGGACCUGAGCCACAAUGCCCUGACGCAUCUCGGGCUUCGGCUCCUGUGUGUGGGACUGCGGUGUGCCUUCUGCCCCCUGGAGAAACUGUGGUUGAUCAACUGCUGUCUCACGUCGGCCUGCUGUGUGGAUCUCGCAUCCAUCCUGACCACCAGCCCGUCCCUGACCAGACUCUACCUGGGGGAAAAUGCCCUGGGCGACUUGGGAGUUAGAAUGCUAUGUGAAAAAGCCAAGCAUCCACAAUGUAAGCUGCAGAAACUGGGGCUGGUGAAGGUGGGCCUUACAUCUGGUUGUUGUCCAGCUCUGUCCUCGGUGCUCAGUGCUAACCAGAACCUCACACACCUUUACCUGCGAGGCAAUGCUCUUGGAGACACAGGCGUGAAGCUGCUGUGUAAGGGACUCCUACACCCCAACUGCAAGCUUCAGAUGUUGGAACUAGACAACUGUAGCCUCUCCUCACACUGCUGUUGGGAUCUCUCCACAUUACUGACCUUCAACCAGAGCCUACGACAACUAAGCCUGGGCAGCAACGACCUGGGCGAUCUCGGGGUCAUGCUGUUCUGCAAAGUGCUGAGACAGCAGAGCUGCCUCCUGAAAAGCCUUCAGUUGUGUAAAAUGUAUUUCAAUUAUGAGACAAUCUGCGCAUUAGAAACACUUCAAGAAGAAAAGCCUGAGUUGACCGUUGUCUUCGAGUCUCCUCAGUAGUGCUGGCAGUGGGACUGCCAGACCCCAGUGGCCAAGCCCAGCCAGCCCCAGGUGCAUGGGUGUGAGGGAGUGGGCCUUCGGCUGGCCCUGCCUGGAAGAAGGCCGGCACUCUGCAGUCCUCAGCCAUGUGGGAGGGCGAGCUUGCCACCAGUGCCUUUGAGAGAGACUGGGAGUAGCUCCUUACCCCAGGCUAAGGCUCAAGAGCAACGAAACUGUCCCCAUAGUGUGACUCUUGGCACAGCACUUGCCAAGAGGAUGGGCUGGCUCCUCUUGCUGACCUCGUGUAACUAACUCAUUCACUAAAGCACUUUGUCCAUCUUCUUCUUCCUCUUUUUACUGUCUUCAAAUUGCUCCCCCUCAUGUUUGUUUCCCUACUUUGUUCUGUUCAUCCUGUCAUCUCUUUCUUAACUGAACAGAAUGGAAGGACUUCACUAUAUAUUAUGCUGCAAUUUUGUGGCAGCAACUUAUUUAUUUUUAAUUUUGUAAGAGUGAUAUUUUUUAAUAAAAUAAUUCAUGUUUAUUGUACCUG